AAUCCUCGCCGUCAGAUUCCUCUUUCGCGGCCCAGAUUCCUCCCCAUCUGGAUUCCACCAGUCUCUCGCACGCACAUUCCUUGCUCCCUCCCCUUCUGGAUUCCUUCGCCUUCCUCCUCGCCCAAUGGCGCUCUGCGAAACCAAAAUCUCGCAAUCCCAACCAACCCGAGGGCCCUAGCGACGCCGACGCUCGAUCCCGCCUCGCGGUGCUAGCGCCCCUCGAGGAUCGCAGGCCAUCGCGAGCCGUCGGGGGUCCCGCUCCAAUCCGAAUCCUUGCCUCCCGUUGGCGGCCGCGGGUCUCGUCUUCGAACUCGCUGCAGGAGGUUUCGCGGAGGGUUUGGAUUCGGAGCGAGGGAUGUACGGGCAGGGAGGGAGCUUUAAUCCGCACUAUCGCCAUGGCGCGCCGCCGCCUCAGCAGCAGCAAGGUGGGGUAACGGGGCCAUUCCCCCAGCAUCCGCCACCGCGGCCACCGCAGCCACCACCAUUCCAGCAGCACCCAGGAACGCGGCCGCCGCCCGGGCCAUACCAGCACGGCAUGCCGCCGCUUCAGAACCAGGCGUAUCCCUAUGCCCAGCACGGUCAGAUGCAUCAGGUGCCAAUGGUGCCGCAGCAGAGGGGUUUUGCGCCGAUGCCAAUGCCAGGGCCGCCCCGGCCGCCGCCGCAACAAGCUAUGUAUCAAGUCCCUCAACAGUAUCCCAUGCCAGGCCCUCUCCCUCCACCACCGCCUCGGCCACCCAGCUUUGCUCCGGAGAAUGUGCUGCCUCCAUCUGGCCCACCACCUCCUCCUCCACCACCGCCACCGUGUUCUCCCCCUCCUUUGCCCCCCGCACCUCCCACUCCUGUAGUUGCGCAGUCAUGGAAUGCGGAGGUAGAAGGAAAAGAAGGCGCACCUGAUGGAGGUCGUGAUGCCAAAACUGAGGAAGCAGCGACUCAGCUAAUUGUGUCUGAUGACUCAGACAUGGAUAUGGAUGGGGAUGAGAACUUGCCAUCAAGACAACAUCUUAAUCCAGCCAAUUAUUCCCGUGUGACUGCUGAAUGUAUCGGAGAUGUUAAUGUGCCAAAGUCUGUCAGUGAUGUUUUGGGCCUUAACAAUGAUAAUGCUAAAACUGCAAAUGUAACUGUGGAAUGUGGGAGCCCAUUCCGAUUAAUACAAGGUUAUGCCUCAGAUGACAUUGAAGAUGAGGUGGAUGCUUGUGCUGCCAGCAGCCUUGUGCUAUCGCCUAAAGAUAAUGAACAUAGUCAUCCGAGUGACAGAAAUACUGAAAGUGGUCAUCAGAAACUUACUAAUGCAGAGGGAAUUGUGAAUGCCCCUCCUGGCGCCAAGCAAAAUGAUGAGGCUAGAAAGUAUCAUCCCAAGGAUGAGAGCAACCCAGUGAGGCACAAUACAGAUGUGCUUGGGCAUUUAGUCAAAAAAGAGUUAAGUGGCAGUGAGUUUGAUGGAGUGCGAAGGAGUAAAAGGCAUGGGAGGAGCCAAAGGAAAAGAAGCCGUAGCAAGUCACCUCAGGAUAAGAGUCGUAGUCCGUUGGGGAGAAACAAGUGCAGUCCAUCCCGAAGUUCAUCACCUGGAAGGCAAAGCAGGUUGCCACUUGCGAAGCGGGUUCAUCCUGCUGGAGAAGGUAAGGUUUCAGAAGGUAGAAUUUCUCAGCAAGAGAGCCUGUCGGGGACAAAGAAAUUGGAUAGUUCGAAUGAUUUAAUUGGCAAAGGGGGAGAUAAUGCUGCACCUGAUGUUGCCCUUGGACAGCAUGGUCCUGGUGACAAUUUAACUUCUGAGUCUUCUCAAUCAGUGGCUGCUUCUGCAAAUGCAUCUGAUCCUCAUAAGAUGCAAAUACCAGGUCCCCCAUCUCAGUCUCAAGCAGAAUUAAAUAAGUCAUCGGCUGGUAAUCAAAGUCAUGUGAGCCAAUCUUCUGCAGGUGUCCCAUUCGCAUCAGUUAAUGCUACCGAGAACUCCAUGGCUUAUCAUACGCCCCAGUCUCAUCCUCGGAGCUUGUGUCCUCCAGAACAGAUGUCAUCUGGUUUCACACCAGUUCAUCUGUCAUCCUCAAAUAUGAUUCAUCUACCAGGACAACCAUUACUUGCAAGUUCAGAAAUCCCUCAAAUGCAAUACCAGCAUAAUGUUAUUGCGCCGGCAAAUGAGUUCCUGCAGAAUCAGAUGAGAAGCUACCCUGCACCAGAUCAGUCUCAUCCUCGGCCGUUGGAUUUCCAUCAUCAUAUGCUCCAGCCAACAGUUCCUUCUCACCAGCAGCCUGCUGCCGUUCCUGUUGAAAAUGCUCCAGGACCUCCUCCAGACAGAUGGUCGGAGUAUUCUGGUGGUGUAGGUCUAUCUUAUCAUCAGCUUCCAUAUGGUCAGCAGCAGCCUCCUGGGAGUUCGGAUUCAGGAACUCGCUUUGUUUACCCUUCUUUACAUAGAUUCCCAUCAAAUCUACCUGGAAGUGGCGAUCUUGAUCCCAUAUCUAAUGUUGGUUUGCCUAAAUCAUCCAUCAAACCCCACUAUAACCCAUUUGCAUCUACCUUUGAACAAAUAGAUCCAAGUCUAAAUGUUGAUCCUUCAGUCAGCCCAAAUGCAGUUGGCUCUGCUUCAACAAAAGCAGUAGAACACAUAAAUACACCAUCUCCUUUUGGUCAAUCAUUUCCUGGAUCUGGAACCCAUGCCCAUGAAAGUUCUGCAGAAGUUGUGCCCAAUGUACAAAAACAAUUUCGUUCGGGGUAUACUUCUGGUGCUCCUUAUGAUCCCCUGCUUGACAGUAUUGAACCAUCGAGCAGUUCAAUCAACAAGAUUGAUCUUGGUAUAGAGAAAAAACGGAGUGCUGAUGAUAGCCGUGAUGCGUCGAAACAGAUGAACAUAGAAGUGGAUAGUGAAAAUAUGCAUGGACUAGGUGUUGUUGCUGAAUCAGAAGUUGAAGGACUGGGAGAGGUGGCAGCAGACACUGAAGCAGGUGUGGUGGAGAAUGCAAGUCCUGAGUUCUUGGGUGCUAGAGACUGGAGCUCGGAUAUACCGGGUGAUAUUGACAACGAUCAAUCGUUGGAUAAAGGUAAAAGGAGUAAGGAUUCUAGAUCAAUGAAGCUUUUUAAGGUUGCCAUUGCAGAUUUUGUAAAGGAAGUUCUUAAGCCAUCAUGGAGGCAGGGUAACAUGAGCAAAGAGGCUUUCAAAACUAUUGUCAAGAAAACAGUUUAUAAGGUUUCUAAUUCUGUCCCUAGCAGUCAUAUGCCGAAAACGCCUGCCAAGAUUAAACAGUAUGUACAGUCCUCUCAAAGGAAGGUGACCAAAUUAGUAAUGGUAUGUCUACGUUACCUUUUAGCAUAUUGGUUAUAUGUAUGUAUUCUGUUCAUACUCUUUCUGCUAAUAUGUUUAUUCUAUGAUGAUAUUCAUUAUGCAAUAGUAUGGAUGACACUCGAUUCGCUUAGCAGCUAUACAUAAUCGUGGAAAUGUGGAACUUUUACACUGCCCUUGAUACUGAAUAAUUCAAGUUGCAUUUUGGUCAACUUCAUGCUAUUCACCUCAUAAACUUUGAUGAUGCCAUUAGAGAAUCACCCAAGUUCGAGUCCUCUUUGACACGAAUUUGGUGUCUAUUUCUUAUUUACAAUACCACCUAGUUCCUCCUAGGUUGGUCGAGUUUUUUAUAAUGCCAUUAGAGAUGUCCUGAAAUCUGUGUUAUGUGGUCAUCUAGCCAUCUGGUAAUUGAUCGUUUGAGUUUGGCAACAUAUGUUUGUAUGUCUAUUGAAGCUUCUUUCCUGAGAAAAUAACAUGUGUAGUCUAUAUUUAUAUUAUUUGGUCUUCAUCUGGGUAUUGUUUAUUUCAUCAUUUAAACUGCCAUCUAUAUUUUGUUUCUAAAUUCCAACAUGGGACUCAAUAGUCAUGUCUGGUCCAGUAAGCCCCAUGUGAACGGACAUACAUGUUACAGUAGGAAUGUUCCGAGUUAUCUUAUUCUGUGCUUGCAAGCAUUAAGCACACAUUUUUCGGAGGAGAAUAGUUGAGAGUUGAGACAGCUCUGUAUCACACUGUCUACAUUGAAAAAUGUAAUUCGGACCCUAUAUAUCUGAUAUAUCAAAAUCAAGGUUAGUAUUUAUCUGUGCGAAAGAUUAUGCUUUAGUUCUUUGUUUUGUGCUAUUUUUUCAGCACAUAUUGGUUGUGUUAAAUGUGCUGUUUGGUUGAUCUCUAUGCCCGCUGACUUGAUUUACCACUUCAAUCUAUUCAGGGCUAUGUUGACAAGUAUGCGAAGCUAUAGCUGGAUCAGUAAAUGGGACUAUGAACUGAACACAGUCUGAACAGUGAAUGUUCCAGAAUUUGUGGUGCAUGUUACACAAAUGAGGCUGCAAGUUGGGUAACAUCUGUUUGUAUGAAAGUGUUUUUGCAGUAAGGUAUUCUGCUCUAGUUCAACGGAAAAUUCUGUAUUUUAUCGGAAUAUCAUGUAUUUAGGUUUGCUUCCCACAUUCGGAUAACGCCCCCUGAUCUCCUGUUCCUUGUAAGGCCUAUCUGUGUUCUAUUGUUUAUUUAUCUUUUCAUUCUUCCCCAACACGAGGUAAGUGAUAGUAGGAUGCUUUAGCCGCGCACUAAUUCUGGUAGAACUUUGUUUAUUCAGAGUAAAUGUACGUGCUGAUAGUUGGAUGAUUUAACUAAUUCUUGACUUUC